GGGGGCGUUGGGUGUGGGGCGGCUCCGGGGCCGGGGAUGGCGGCGGCCGCCGUUGCGGCGGCUCCGGGACCAGCGGGAGGAGCCCGGGGAGCGCCGUGAGAUGGGCCGGCUCCCAAGCCAGUGGGGAGGACACUGCUUCUUAUUACAACUGCUCAGAAGCACCACUGGAAGCUCAGCAGAUGUGGGCGCCCCAGCCAGCAGCAGAGAGGGGUGCAGGGGAGCCACAAAGAAGCCCCUUCUGAUGCCCCAAGGAGCAAGCCGACCCCUUCCAGGCUCCAGGAACACCACAAAGCAAUAUGAAACCUGUUCAUGAGAGGAGUCAGGAAUGCCUUCCACCAAAGAAACGAGACCUCCCCGUGACCAGCGAGGAUAUGGGGAGAACUACCAGCUGCUCAACUAACCACACACCCUCCAGUGAUGCCUCUGAAUGGUCCCGAGGGGUGGUGGUGGCCGGGCAGAGCCAGGCAGGAGCCAGAGUCAGCCUGGGGGGUGAUGGAGCUGAGGCCAUCACUGGUCUGACGGUGGACCAGUAUGGCAUGCUGUAUAAGGUGGCUGUGCCACCUGCCACCUUCUCCCCAACUGGCCUCCCGUCUGUGGUGAACAUGAGCCCCUUGCCCCCCACAUUUAAUGUAGCGUCUUCACUGAUUCAACAUCCAGGAAUCCACUAUCCCCCAAUCCACUAUGCCCAGCUCCCAUCCACCUCUCUGCAGUUUAUCGGGUCUCCUUAUAGCCUUCCCUAUGCUGUGCCACCUAAUUUCCUACCGAGUCCCCUCCUUUCUCCUUCUGCCAACCUCACCACCUCUCACCUUCCACACUUUGUGCCGUAUGCCUCACUCCUGGCCGAAGGAGCCACUCCUCCCCCCCAGGCUUCAUCCCCGGCCCGUUCAUUCAACAAAGCCCCCUCUGCCACCUCCCCACCUGGGCAGUUGCCACAUCACUCGAGUACUCAGCCACUGGACCUCGCUCCAGGCCGGAUGCCCAUUUAUUAUCAGAUGUCCAGGCUACCUGCUGGGUACACCAUGCAUGAAACCCCUCCAGCAGGUGCCAGCCCAGUUCUUACCCCUCAGGAGGGCCAGUCUGCUCUGGAAGCAGCCGCUGCCAAUGGACAGAGACAACGAGAGCGAAAUUUAGUGAGACGGGAAAGCGAAGCCCUCGACUCCCCCAACAGCAAGGGUGAGGGCCAGGGACUGGUGCCAGUGGUAGAAUGUGUGGUGGAUGGACAGUUGUUUUCAGGUUCUCAGACUGCGCGGGUAGAGGUGGCAGUGCCAGCACACCGAGGGACCCCAGACACCGACCUCGAGGUCCAGCGGGUGGUUGGUGCUUUAGCUUCUCAGGACUACCGUGUGGUGGCAGCUCAGAGGAAGGGUGAGCCCAGCCCCCUCAACCUGUCCCAUCAUAACCCUGACCAUCAGGGUGAGGGGCGAGGGUCAGCCAGGAACGCAGCAGAGAUGGCCGAGAAAAAUCAGGCUCGAGGGUUCUACCCUCAAUCCCAUCAGGAGCCCCUGAAACAUAGACCUUUACCCAAAGCAAUGGUUGUAGCCAAUGGCAACCUGGUGCCCACUGGAACUGACCCAGGCCUGCUACCCAUGGGCUCGGAGAUCCUGGUGGCGUCAAGUUUGGACAUGCAGGCCAGAGCCGCCUUCCCAGACAAGGAGUCAACGCCACCCCCCUUUACCUCUUCCCACUUGCCCUCCCAUUUCAUGAAAGGCGCCAUCAUCCAGCUGGCUACAGGGGAGCUGAAGCGGGUGGAGGACCUCCAGACCCAGGAUUUUGUGCGCAGUGCCGAAGUGAGCGGGGGGCUGAAGAUUGACUCUAGCACAGUCGUGGACAUUCAGGAGAGCCAGUGGCCUGGAUUUGUCAUGCUGCAUUUCGUGGUGGGUGAGCAGCAGAGCAAAGUGAGCAUCGAGGUGCCCCCCGAGCACCCCUUCUUUGUAUAUGGCCAGGGUUGGUCCUCCUGCAGCCCCGGGCGGACUGCACAGCUCUUCUCUCUGCCCUGCCAUCGGCUACAGGUGGGAGAUGUCUGCAUCUCUAUCAGUUUACAGAGCUUGAACAGUCACUCAGUUUCUCAGUCCAGCUGUGCUCCCCCAGGCCAGCUGGCUCCUCCCCGAGAAAGGCCUGAGAGGACAGUCUUGGGACCCCGAGAGCAAUGUGACAGUGAUGGGAAAAGCCAGCCGUUAGGCGAGGGCUCCCGAAUGGUAGAGCCCUUGCAGCCAGAGCCUGGUGCUCAGGCCUGCUGGCCAGCCCCGAGCUUCCAAAGAUACGGCAUGCAAGGGGAGGAGGCACGGGCUGCGCUGCUCCGUCCCUCUUUCAUUCCACAGGAGGUAAAGCUGUCCAUUGAAGGGCGUUCCAAUGCAGGAAAAUGAACCUCUCCCAGACCCGGACUGGGAUGCUACCCCAGAGCUGGGCCUCACCGUGAGCAAGCAGAGGAUUUGCACAUGCCGAGCAGGGGAUGGCUCUCUUGGCAGUGAGGUUAGUGGGGAAGAGGAGGCGUGAAGGCAGCCUCCCAAGGCAGGGUCUGUUGCCCAUUACCCCAUGGCAUCUUUUCAGAACAGCCCCAGAGGGUGCUGUGAUGGGGAGCAGCAGGCCUGGGCCAAGGAAGGAAGGAAGGGGGUGCACGCAGGAUAAGAAACAUUCCAAAUAUCAGGGCCUCCCUGUUCUUUCCUCCUCGUCCCUAGCUCCUGCAAGGAGAGGGUCAGGCUUUGGGAGCAGGUGCAGAGGGAGGGAGCAAAGAAAGAGCCAAAAAUGAUGAUCCACAGCUUAUAGUAGCAGUUCAGCUAUCUGAAGUUUUUUUUUUUUCCUUUCCUUUUUGUGAUGGGAGGGCAGGAGGCCCCAUGCUUGGAAAUAAGAGGGUUCCCACCCAGAACUCUUCUUUUGAGAGCUGUGCACUUUAAAGGGUAGUUUUGUUAACAGAUGUCUAAGGCUGGGUGUGCAGGGGACUCUGCUUGAUCCUCUGCUUCAGGCCUUUCCCAUCUCUCCCCAUCAUUCCUCCCACAAGGCUUCUAGCAUUAGGAGAGAGAAGCCGCUCCAGGGUUCAGAGUGAAGUACUGCCUUGGCGGGGACCCAGUCACGGGACUUUGGGAGAAAGACGCGAUGGCCAGACUGACCGGGCUCUAGGCAGGGCUUCUGGAAAGGUAGCUGACCUAACAAGGCUCCUCCUACUCAGCAUGCCAGACCCACUUUGAAAUUGUACUGAAUCUCUAGUUGGUAAUGGUGACUUGAAAGAACCAGUGGACCCUUUUCCCUCGGCCCCUACACCCGGUCCUCUGUCUGUCUUUGUUGUGCCUAAGUGCCUGCACUGCCCCCCCCCUUCCGCUGACCUAACCUGUCUGCAUGGUGUCUUGACCUGGGCCUAUUUGUAGCUGCACUGCCUUUCCCCUCUGCAAAACUGGUUUUGUCCACUCUGACCAAGACCUCUAGUUUUUGGUGUGUAGGGGUCUCUCUGGUUUCCCUUUCAGUUCUAUUCUCUAUUUUUAAAAACUCAGAAUCAUGUCCUCUCCUCUUCUGCAGCUGAACCAGUUGGUGGAGAAAGGAAUGGAACUAUGCCCCGGGUUGGGACCAGUACAGCUGGCUGGGCAGUGCCCAUCCUUGCGUUUUUACAGAGUCCCUCCCAUCUUACUCCACUCCUUCUCCCAGCAUUCAGGCUUCUCCAGGCUGUCUCCUCCCAUAACCAGCUCCAAGGUUUGGGGAUACUCUUUUUUUUAAAAUUUUGGCCACACCAUGUGGCAUGUGGGAUCUUAGUUCCCUGACCAGGGACUGAACCUGGGCCCUCAGCAGUGAAAGUGCAGAGUCCUAACCACUGGACCACCAGGGAAUUCCCUGGAAUAGUCUUGAUAAUGUUUCAAUACCUGAAAAGUCUCCUAGAUUCCAUUUCAUGGUGGAGUAUUCCUCUGCAAAGAGUAUUUUCAAUCUUAGUUGCAUUUGCCCCCUGUGUCUUAAGCCCACCUUUUUUCACGACUUUCAGCAUCACCUCGGACUGUGGGAUUCCAGUGGGUGUUGAGAAUUAGGCUUUCCCCAUCAGCUUUCAGGUGGGUGGGUGGGUUUUUUGUUUGUUUUUUUGGGGUCUUUAGACUCUUGAACAACUCAGGGUAUUGUCCACUCAGCUCUCUUAUGAGGCUUCUCCUGGGGUAUGACCCUGGCAUUUCCUUUCAAGAUGGACUGGCCAAGGCCCAGCCUGUUGUCAGGGGUCCCAAACCUCUGAGGUCUGAUCUCUGCUCUGUCAAAGACUUUAGGCAAGUCUGUGACCUCUCGGUCUUUCACUUCCUCCCCAGCUGCCAAAUGGGGAUAAAUAAUCUUACCUACCUCCUGGGGGGAGGGGGAGUUCUGAGAAUGGAGUCCUUCUUAGUGUUCAGGUGCUAAAGGUUGUUCUCCUCGGGUAACAAAGUGACUGAGACUGGCUUGUUUGCUGCAAGCCCUACACUCCACUGUUUCAUUCCUUGAGAGCAGUUACCUGGUCAGUCAGCUUUUGGAGGCCCGUCCAGAGGAAGCUGCUGACCUGACCACAAGUAUGUAAGUCUCCAGUUCACCUCAGAACCAAAUACCAACCAUGUCUGGUGAACACUCAACCUUGUACACAUUUGGGAUCAUGUCUUUUCCCUUCUCUGUCCCCAUUCUCUCUGAAUGCUGCUUUCUCUGGCUUGUUUCCCACAGUUGGGGGCCUGUGGGGCUGAGUCUCGAGGAAUCCUCUCAGAGGACGGCCCUCGGAGAAGGCCUUGUUUCUGGCUGUUCCAUGAGCAAUUCAUUCCUAGUUUCUCAUGCACGGGUUUCUCAGAAACAUCCUUCCUCAUUAGGAAGGCUCAUCAACUGAAUAUAGCGACAGGCACACAGUGGACACUAAAGAAAUAUCCACCAAGGGUACCAACCGAGCUUCCUCCUUAUGGGAGCAAACCUAUAUCUAACCAGAUACAGGCCAAGUAGUUUAAAUACAAGAAACCCUCACUUCCCAGCCUGGUAACUUCCCCUUAAUCCUGGAAAGAGAAAAUCUUGUGCACCUUGGCAAGUUGGGCCCUGAACUUUCUGCUGCUGUUCCUCUUCUGUCUCCUGCUGGUGAAGCAACACCGGCACUGCCUCUAAUACUGUGCCAUGCAUAUGUAAUAUAUUAAUACUUGAUUUUGUUGAGCUGCAGAGGUGUCUUUUGUAAAGUAUGGUCUCCCAGGGAAAGCAGCUCUGUGCUCUAAAUCUUGGUCAGAGCUGAGGCAUUCCCCUUACCUUUUCCCUAUGUUUCAGUCUUUUCUUCCAGGCAUGAGGAAUGAGAGUAACCUAUGGUGUGUCCAUUCUUCCUUUUAAAGAUUUCAUAAGUGUUAUUAUAAGAGACCUAAGAGCAGUUUUGAGACAGCAUUUUGGUGGAAAGCUGUCAGCUUUUGUGGGAGUGGGCAGUUAAAGAAGGCCAAUGUCAUUAGUAGGACAGUCCCAGAGCUUCGGGGUAGAAAGGAAGAUGGCUAACUCCGGCAUUAAACAGAAAUGCCUAUACCAGUUUGGGAGUAGGGAAACCAGAUGAAGGACGGUAAUACAUCCAAGUCUUGGAUCAUCAUUCCUAUCAAGAUUAGUGUACACAGAGGAGGGGGAGUGGCAUGGGGGAAGGGGAGACUGGGAGGUCAGAGCUGAGCACUCGUACCCAAGGGGGAGGGACCCCAGUAGAUCUGGACUGACCCUUCUACACUCUUGGUCCUGGUUGGUCAUAACACCAAGGGCUUUGGUCUGUGCUGCUUUGCCACUGCUGCUGUCUACUCACUGUCCUGCUUGCUGCCCUUUAUAGCUCUGUGUGUUUGUGUCUUUGGCCACAUAGGUGAAAUCCAGGCAUCCUGUCCAUCCUUACAUGUGCAAGGGUUACUUUAUAACAAAGUCAUCUUGAGUAGGGAUAGUAUGAAAUGCUGCUGGUGGGCUGGUGAAUCCAAAGGGAUAUGGCUUCAGUGCUUGUUGGGAGCCCUUUGGCUCCAAAUAUCUGACUCUCUUGAGGGAGAGACAAGCAGGUCCUAUAAGUGGGUGUUUUCUUUGUAUUAACUUCUUUCCUUUAUGAUAUCUUGUGUCCUGUUUUAAAAAUUAAAUGAUGGGGAACCAGAUUAGGGCCUGUGUCAGCAUCCCAGGGAGGUUCAUCUGGCUCCAGUUAAAUGGAUUCUGGGGUUGGGGGAGCGUUUGAAGUUUGAAAUAGACCCUCAGGUGGGGUUUAGUUUUAUUUUUACCACUGGGCGCCAUAGAAGAUGCACAGGGUGGUGGUAUGAUUUAAACCUGCAACAAGCAGGCAUGUUGAAGAGUUGAGUGAUCACACUGGAGAUAAAGGGUGGAUGUGGGUUCACUGGGCAAGGGCUUGGGUCCAUUGGAGUAAAGAUAACCAGAUUGGUUGAAUUGGCCAUGGGAGAUUAAGUCACAGUCUUAAAAGCAAAGCAAAUAGAGCAGAGGCCACGUUUUAGGGAGACUUCUUGGCCUCCUAGGGCUAAGUUUACUAAACCACACUGAAGCUACAAUACUUUCCAGAUGGGAAAAAGUGUACACUACAGUUGAAGAGCUGAACCGCGUUAGGUUGGAUGUUGACCAGGAACCUGUUAGCCCUUUGCCGGGAAGCCUUCACCCUCCAGCUUCCCUGGGAGAGGGAAGGCCUCCCACAUUAUGCAAUAAUAAAAUAAGCAUCUGGGUCCUUGCAGCUGUCAGUUGCUCUUUCAACUCUAGGAUCCAUCUUUGGGCCAGAAUCCUGGUCUGGGCCUAGGAUGACACUGGCCCUUGAGAUGCUAGAGUUGACUGCACUCUCUCCUUAACCUGCGGACUAUGCACAGUGCCUGGGGCGGAAGGAGGAGAGGUGGUGCGGUUUACCCUGCUGAGCCUCCCCAGCAGGAACAGUAGUAAUAAAUGCACUUUUCACACUAAGGUUUCUUUAUUCGUUCUCCUGUUAAGCCUAGCUCCUCCCCUGGUAGACUGCAAAUUCAAAGUCUGUGUGAUCCCCCAAGCCAUUCUGCUGCAAAUGCCCAGCAGUGAAGAUGGCCUCAAACUGGGUUCCUGUCUACAGUGUGUGUGGCGGCAGCCCGUGUGCCUUUACCUAUUGUCAAACUUUCAAGCAUUUAUUUCUGUCUUUAUGACUGUCAUGGGGACUGAGGUUCUUCAGAGAGUGAGAGAGAGAGCGCGAGUGUGAGCAAGCUGAUGACACAGUGGUUGUACACCCACUCCCCAGACAGGGAGUCUGCACAUUGUUGUGAGCUGUGAGUGGUUAGUGCAUUGCUGAUGUUGCUGAAGGCAGGGUUCAUCCCUCAUUUGCGUGACACUCGCAUUCAAGAGAAGCUUGUGUCGGGGAAGAGACUGACAGCACUCGUGGCAAACUUGAAGUAUUAAAAAUAAGGCUGUCCCCUACAACCUUCCUAGUCACACACAGGAUCCCUGUAGCCAAAACAGUAUAUGUUCCAGCUGCAGAGAGCAGACUGCUCUCAGCUUGCACAGCACCUUAGGGGAGGGAAGAAUAUAUGGAUAGGGAAUGGGGUGGAGAAAGGAUGGAAAUGUUGUCAUCCAGGUGGCUUUAGGGUCCUCAGGAGUAGUAGAGAAGGACGGCACUGGGGAGGUCUGAUGGAUGGAUCUGAUUUGUGUAGGAGUUCCCUGUAGAUAAAUUACUGAUCCCCCAACUACUAUCCCCAGUAUGUAAUGGCUAAAUUAAUAUGUAAUCAACUGCAUUGUAUCUAAAGCCUUAGAACUAGUCAGGUGCUCCCCCCACCCGAUACCAUUUCUUACCCUCUAAUCCUACCUGAUCUUUAACAAAGCAUUAAUAAUUCUAAGGAUAAUCUCUAUUUUGUUGUGCUUUUUUGUAACUGUUUUAAAUAAAUCAAUUUGUACUGUAUAUUUGUACUUUUGUGAGAUCCUUUUUGCUGUUUUACCAUUUUAAGUCUCUGUACUUGGCUACACACAGAUUGUAUUUUUAUUGUUAAUGCUCUUCUUAUGGAUACCUGCAUUUAACUUGUGAACUAUGUAAACACAAUAUAUAUCAAUAUCUAUAUAUCUAUAUAUCUAUCUAUAUAAACUACUAGCUUUUC